AUGUUCUACUUUAUCCUUUAUCUCGCACUCCAAGUCGUCCUCUUCGGGGCCUGGGUAUCGGGUGCCCUGGAUCCCUACCAGAAGAAACUCCAAGAGUUGUUGUUGGAGGCGAUGGGAGAGACGAAAGUUUCCUAUGGCUUGAAGAAAAGUUUAAUCGGCAAGAAACUUAUCGAAGACGAGAACUUCACCAAGAUCCAAGAUCAAUUGGGUAACCAGCUAGGAGGUGUUUUUGCAAAGGGAGGCUUGGGAGAUGGACUGGGGACUAUGCUCAGCAAGGGUCUGUGA